AUGUCCAUGGAGGUCAGUGUUCUCCGACCUCUCGCCGUCGCCGGAAAACCCACGCUUUUGCUUCAUCGCCCGAAAAAUCUCCCUCUUCUCCGUCUCUCACUGCCGAUUUCUCUUCCCAGUUUCACUCUUUCUUCUUCGACGUAUCGCCUCAUUUCGCCAAUAUCAUCCGCUGCACAAGAGAGUAACAUAAGUGUCUCGGAUGAAAGUGAUACGAGUGAGUGGGUGAUGCAAGAUUUUUAUACAUUGAGGAAAGACGUUGAAUUAGCAUCAGCUCGUGUUGAAGAGAUUAGAGCUUCCGCUGGUUUGCAGCAACUAGAACAAGAAAUUGAGAGUUUGGAAUCAAAAGCUACCGAUACUUCUUUUUGGGAUGAUCGUGCUAAAGCUCAAGAAACGCUCUCCGCUUUGAAUGAUCUCAAAGAUCGAUUGCGCUUGCUUUCUGAGUUCAAAACUAUGGUUGAAGAUGCGGAAACGAUUGUGAAACUAACAGAAGAGAUGGACUCUACUGAUGUUAGCCUACUCGAAGAAGCCAUGGGAAUCAUCAAAGAGUUGAACAAAUCUCUAGAUAAAUUCGAGCUAACACAGCUUCUAUCAGGACCAUAUGACAAAGAAGGCGCUCUAGUCUACAUCACAGCUGGAGCUGGAGGAACAGAUGCUCAGGAUUGGGCCGAUAUGCUGCUUAGGAUGUAUAUGAGAUGGGCAGAGAAGCAGAGGUACAAGACAAAAGUCGUUGAAAUGUCAAAUGGAGAAGAAGCUGGGAUCAAGUCAGCGACCCUUGAAAUCGAAGGCCGUUACGCAUAUGGUUAUCUUUCAGGAGAGAAAGGAACUCAUAGGAUUGUAAGACAAUCACCAUUCAAUUCCAAAGGCCUUCGCCAGACAAGCUUUUCCGGCGUGGAAGUGAUGCCGCUUCUGCCGGAGGAAGCGGUAGGUGUUGAUAUACCAGAGGAGGACCUUGAGAUUACUUUCACUAGAGCUGGUGGUAAAGGAGGACAGAAUGUUAACAAGGUUGAAACUGCUGUUCGGAUCACUCACAUACCUACUGGUGUUGCGGUCCGUUGCUCAGAGGAGAGAAGUCAAUCGGCGAACAAGACGAGAGGACUGAGCCGACUAAAGGCGAAACUGCUGGUGAUUGCGGAGGAGCAACGUGCGACUGAGAUCAAGGAGAUAAGAGGAGAUGUGGUGAAAGCUGAGUGGGGACAGCAGAUCAGGAACUACGUGUUUCACCCGUACAAACUGGUUAAGGAUGUCAGGACAAGCCAUGAAACUUCUGAUAUCACAUCUGUGAUGGAUGGUGAUUUGGAUCCUUUCAUCAAAGCUUACCUCAAGCAUAAGUACAGCUUAGCCAUGGCUUCUUCUGUAUCCAAUUAA